AUGGCUGGCUAUUCAUAUCAAUCAUCCUACUCAUCAGGAGGUGCCGGUGGUGCUGCCGAUGGUCUCUUCAACCAAGUCGAUCUUAACAAAGAUGGAGUUGUUGAUCACGGUGAAUUCAGUAGCUUCCUCGGUCAAAAUGCCGGUGUUGGCGGUGGUUACGGUGCUAGCGCUGGUUACGGUGUUGGCGGUGGUUACGGUGCUGGCGCUGGUUACGGUGGUGGUUCAUCAUGGGAAUCAUCAUCAUACGGUGCUGGUGCUGGUUUAGGUGCUGGUUUUUCUGUUGGUACUGGUUUUGGUACUGAUGCUUCAAGCUUCGAAUCAUCAUCAUUUGGAUCAUCAUUAGGUGGUGCUCAUGGUGGUGCUUAUGAUGCAUCAUACGCUGUUGGCGGUGGUCUUGCUGGCGGUCUUGUUGGUGGUGCCUCUAGUUACGAAUCAGUCUCAGGCGGUGCUGGACUUGCUGGUGGAGCAGUCUUUGAUUCAUCAUCAGCAGUCGGUCAAGUUCACUAUGCCACUGAUGCUCGAGGCCUUUUCCAAGAUCCAAAUCCACAAAUCAUUCGUCGUCCAGCUCCUGGUGGUGUACAAACAUACACACAAAAUAUCCGAGUUCGCUUCCUUCAACCACCACCAGUUCCACCUCCAGGUCCACUCAUAAUCAGAGAAGUUCGUCCACCUCAACCACCUGUCCCACCACCACUUCGCAUUCGUCAACAAGCUCCACCUCUUCCAACACCACCACCACUUGUUCUUCGUGAACGACCACCAGUACCACCAGCAUCUGUUGCAUCUCAAACAGUCAUUCGUCGUUUGGGUGCUAUACCAGUUCCACCACGAUCAGUCAUCAUCGAACGUCUUCCAGCCGCUCCACCACGACCACGUGACAUCGUCAUUGAACGUUGGGUUCCAUAUGGACCUCAACAACGACGACGCACUAUUGUUCAACGUGCUGCUGCUGCCCGAGCAUACGCAGCUCCACGCAAUAUUAUCAUCCAAUAUGAACAAGCUCCAGCUCGCAUUGUUCGUCAAUUCCACCGUCUUGGUGUUGCUGCAACUAAUCCAGCUGUUUACGUUCAAACAUAUGGUGCUCAACUUCUUGAUGGUGCUACACUUCUUGCACAAGCUCGUGCUGCUGGUGUUGUUGAAGAUCUCUCACCACCUGGCGUUGUUGGUUACAGUGGUGCCGCAUUCGGUCAAGAAUCAUUUGGUGCUUCAGGAGGUUUAGUUGGAGGUGCUGGUCUUAUUGCUGGAGGUGGUGGUCUUGUUGCUGGAGGUGCUGAAUUUGUCGAUGGUGGUCUUGCUCUUGGUGGUGGUGGUGGUGUCAGUUCAUCAUCAUUCGAAUCAUCAAGCUUCUCAUCAGGUGGCGGUGUUGGAGGUUUAGAAGCUGGUUUUGUUGCUGGUGGUCUUGGUGGUGGUAUCGUUGGUGGCGGUCUUGGUGGUGGUAUCAUUGGUGGCGGUCUUGAUGGUGGUUAUGGAGCAUCAUCAUAUGAAUCAUCAAGCUUCUCAACUGGUGGUGCUCUCGGAGGUGAUGCUGCUUUCCUUGGUGGUGAUGCUAAUCUUCUCCUCGCUCAAAAUGCUGGAGGAGCCGGUGGUGCAUCAUCGUACGAAUCAUACGGUUCAUCAUAUUCCUAUUAA